UAGGAAAUGAGGGAGAUUAUUCAUUUACAAGUGGGACAGUGUGGAAAUCAGGUGGGAACUAAGUUUUGGGAAGUUGUCUCUGACGAGCAUGGUAUUGAUCCUAAUGGAUUCUACUAUGGUGAGUCGGACUUGCAACUGGAGCGAAUCAAUGUUUAUUACGAUGAACCUGUAUACGGAAGGUUUGUACCGCGCGCCGUCCUGGUUGAUCUCGAACCAGGAACGCUAGACAGCGCUCGAAAUGCGCCUUUCGGAAGAAUAUUUCGAUUGGAUAACUUCAUAUUUGGAGAUAGUGGAGCCGGAAACAACUGGGCUAGAGGUCAUUAUUCCGAGGGCGCUGAGUUAGUGGAUGCUGUCCUGGACGUGACACGCAGAGAAGCUGAAUCAUGCGACCUUCCUCAAGGUUUUCAACUGGUUCAUUCCUUAGGCGGUGGGACAGGAUCUGGAAUGGGCACACUGUUGCUAUCGCAAAUGCGAGAAGAAUAUCCAGACAGAAUGCUGGUCUCUUUCUCAGUGAUGCCGUCUCCGAAGGUCUCGGAUACGGUGGUCGAGCCUUACAACGCGACACUCGCACUUCAUCACCUGAUAGAAAACACAGACGAAACGUUUUGUAUCGACAACGAGGCACUAUAUGAUAUCUGCUUUCGUACUCUCAGACUCUCCGGCCCAACCUACGGUGAUUUGAAUCACUUGAUCAGCGUGACUAUGUCUGGAGUUACCACUUGCUUUCGGUUUCCUGGGCAGUUAAAUGCUGAUUUAAGAAAACUAGCGGUCAACAUGAUUCCGUUUCCACGUUUGCACUUCUUCAUACCAGGCUUUGCCCCCCUCACUAGCCGCAGCUCUCGACCGUAUCGUUCACUGACAGUUCCAGAACUUACGCUUCAGGUGUUCGACGCGAACAAUGUAAUGGCUGCUUGCGAUCCUCGUCAUGGCCGCUAUCUAACCGUGGCAGUCAUAUAUCGUGGUCGAAUGUCUAUGAGCGAGGUUGACGUACAAAUACUGAAUAUGCGGACAAAGAAUUCCGGACAAUUUGUUGAAUGGAUUCCAAACAACAUGAAAGUAGCGGUAUGCGACAUACCACCACGUGGCCUGAAGAUGUCUGCCACGUUCAUUGGAAACAAUACUUCGAUUCAAACAUUGUUUAGGCGAAUUUCUGAACAAUUUUGCGCCAUGUUCCGUCGAAAGGCAUUUCUUCACUGGUACACCGGAGAGGGUAUGGACGAAACGGAGUUCGCAGAAGCGGAAUCAAACAUGAAUGACAUAAUCAGUGAGUACGUGCAAUACCAAGAAGUUUCACCGGAGGUGGACCCAAGAUUCUUGAAGCUCAGACGACGUUACUGAUUAAUUUGGGAUGUACCCCAUAGACCAUUAACCGAAAUACAGACACAGUUUUAUAAUA